AUGUUGAUGACAGAAAUAAAAUCAAUAUACAAUAUCUCCUGGGCAUUUCUUAUUCUUAUAUUUUUCUUCACAGAACAGGAACACAAACACGUGCUGCUCAAAAAGUUCUUUAUUUCUUUGCGGGCAGAUGAAAGAGAAAGAGAAAACCGAAACUCGCCCUCACGUUAUGAAAUUCAACGUAGAGGAGAAGACGCAACUCUUAUUCUUUUUCUUGUAUGCGGACAACUCUGGCACGCUCACGACGCACCAUGUAGCACACUAGCAACCACUGCACUUCUUGUUACGCAUCUACUAUUGGAAGAAGAAAUAAACGUUGCAGCUGCGACAAGGAACACGCCUACUUCACUCGUUUAGCACGUCGCUUUUUACAAGACUACACCACGUAGCCCAAACGUAAACACAGCUCCGCCAAAAGGAAGUGACUAGAGUCGAUGCAGAUCAUGCGCUUGCAUUUCUUGCAGUACUUCUUAGCAUCCUCAGCCACAAGAUGAUUGUCAUAGGAAGGUGGUCGCGGCACAAAAAAGAGAAAGUCAAACGCACGUAAACUGCAAAUGAGCCUCUUCAGCACAUGGAAGUAGCUUCGGAUCGUGUGGGUCUCUCUCAACUCAUUUAUUCAAGACAAAACUAUGCCGCGCUCGUGAACGUACACGUAGGAGCGAACAACUUCUAGUACCUCUCCAUGAUUCUUGUAUCGCGACGAGGGCCCAUGCUGCAGAAGGUCACCCGAGUUGUCACCAAAAUCCCAAAACAUAAACUGCCUCCACAUGAUUUGACGUCGAGAAUUAUUCUCUCCAUAACUAACUCUAACAUGAACGACAACGUUACUCAUGAUAAGCAAGAAAAGAAAACGGACUGCAUCUCCUAAAAAAUACUUGCACGACAAUCGCCAUUCUUUGAUGCGCUCCUGCGCACGACAGAAUGGAACACUAGAAGUACAGGGGAG